AUGAAAUUUUUCAUUGAUGACCUUCCGGUCCUUUUCCCGUAUCCUCGUAUAUACCCCGAACAAUAUGCCUACAUGUGCGACCUCAAAAAGACCCUCGAUGCCGGGGGUCACUGUGUCCUGGAAAUGCCCUCGGGCACCGGGAAAACAGUUUCUUUGUUAUCCUUGAUUGUCGCAUAUCAGAUGCAUUAUCCAGAGCAUAGAAAGCUUAUCUACUGCUCUCGAACCAUGUCGGAAAUCGAGAAAGCUUUGGCAGAGUUAAAGGCGCUAAUGAAAUUUCGCACUCAACAACUUGGGUACACAGAGGACUUUCGUGCUUUGGGGCUUACUAGUCGAAAGAACUUGUGUCUGCAUCCGUCUGUCAAAAGGGAGAAAAGUGGCACUAUCGUUGAUGCCAGGUGCAGGAGCUUAACGGCCGGCUUUGUCAAGGAAAAAAAGGAGAGAGGAGAAGACGUUGAGCUCUGUGUCUACCACGAGAACCUUGACCUCCUCGAACCGCACAACCUUGUACCUCCAGGCGUUUUCACCCUCGACGGACUACUCAAAUACGGCGAAGACCAUAAACAAUCGAGUAUCUCGGGAAUUCUCGAAAGACUGUAUAGUGUCUUCGACGAGGCACAUAACAUCGACAACGUCUGUAUCGAAUCACUUAGUAUCGAUAUAACGGAGGAUUCGCUGCGGAAAGCCACCAGGGGAGCAAAUAACUUGGAACGGAAGAUUAAUGAGAUGAAGAGCUCGGACGCGGAGAAACUACAAAGUGAAUAUUCCAAGCUCGUCGAGGGUCUCCGUGAAGCAGAGCAAGCCAGGGAAGAGGAUCAGUUUAUUUCAAAUCCUGUCCUUCCUGACGAUCUGCUCAAGGAAGCCGUACCAGGCAAUAUACGCCGAGCGGAGCACUUUAUCUCCUUCCUGAAAAGAUUCAUCGAAUACCUUAAGACUCGAAUGAAAGUCACUCAUACCAUCUCCGAGACACCUCCUUCGUUCUUAACUCAUGUUAAAGACUUGACCUAUAUUGAACGAAAACCUUUGCGAUUCUGCGCCGAACGGCUAACGUCACUGGUGCGGACGCUGGAGCUGAUCAACAUAGAAGACUAUCAACCGCUGCAGGAAGUGGCAACAUUUGCGACUUUAGUCUCAACAUAUGACAAAGGAUUUCUCUUAAUUCUAGAGCCUUUUGAAUCGGAGGCAGCGACAGUCCCGAACCCUGUGUUGCAUUUUACCUGCUUAGACGCCGCUAUUGCUAUCAAGCCAGUGUUCGAACGAUUCAGCUCCGUCAUUAUCACUUCUGGAACUCUAUCACCUCUUGAAAUGUAUCCCAAGAUGCUCGGGUUCACCACUGUCAUGCAGGAGUCAUACAGUAUGACACUAGCACGACGUUCUUUCCUACCCAUGGUCGUUACUCGUGGUUCAGAUCAAGCACAAAUCUCCUCCUCAUUCCAGAUACGUAAUGACCCGGGUGUGGUGCGUAAUUACGGGAACAUUGUCCUAGAAUUCUCGCGAAUAACGCCAGAUGGUAUCGUCGUUUUCUUCCCUUCAUACUUGUACAUGGAGUCCAUUAUCAGUAUGUGGCAGGGCAUGGGCAUCUUGGAUUCUAUAUGGAACUACAAGUUGAUUCUUGUCGAGACACCGGAUGCGCAGGAGUCAUCAUUGGCGCUGGAGACAUAUCGAACAGCAUGUUGCAAUGGACGGGGAGCCAUCUUAAUGUGCGUCGCCCGAGGAAAGGUCUCCGAAGGUAUUGAUUUUGACCAUCACUAUGGUCGUGCCGUGAUAUGCAUUGGUGUGCCGUUCCAGUACACCGAAUCGAGGAUAUUAAAAGCGCGCCUUGAAUUUCUUCGAGAAAAUUACCGUAUUCGAGAGAACGACUUCUUAUCUUUCGACGCAAUGAGACAUGCUGCACAGUGUCUCGGUCGGGUCCUUCGUGGCAAGGAUGACUAUGGAGUCAUGGUUCUUGCUGAUAAGCGAUUCCAGAAGAAACGGACUCAACUCCCCAAGUGGAUCAGUCAGGCCAUGCUUGAAAGCGAGACUAACCUCAGUACUGAUAUGGCCGUGGCCACCGCGAAGAACUUCUUACGCGGCAUGGCUCAACCUUUCAAAGCCAAAGACCAGGACGGUAUCUCGACAUGGAGCUUGGCAGAUUUAGAGCGACAUCGAGAGAAGCAGAUGCUGGAGGAUCAGAGAGCACAACGAGAAGAACUGGCUCGUGGACAUGGCGCAAACGGUGUUGCCAAUGGUGCUGUCGUCGCUGAGGAUGAAUUUGAUGACGACAUUGACGACACUCUCAUGAUGCUGGAUGCACAGUGA